CGGGUUUGGAGGGAAGUGGGUUGUGAACCACGGGCAACUGAAGCUGUUGUCAGCUUACACCUGUGACGGCGCGGUUCUCGGGCGUCCUGGAGACGCGUAGGGGUGAAUUUAGGUUUCCGACGAUUGCAUCUGGAAGGGGUGUGUAAGACUGUGGCUGAAGAAAGCUGUUACGCUUUUUAUGUGGGUCAUGCCUCUUCUCAACAAAUUGUAAUCCCGCCUCCACAUGUUUGGUUUUGCCCUACCAGCUCUGGGGUUGCGGAGUGCACUGUUACGGGUAUUGUUGCUCCUGCGGCCAUUCUCCUGUCAUCUCCACGUUCACGUUUUGGCGUGGUGUAUUAAUAGUCUGAGUGGGAUUAAUGGGUAAACAAGACUUUAUAGUUGUUUCUAAUUCUGGAUUCAAUACCGAAAUUUAGAUUUUCAACUUUGUCGAUGUUCUAUUUCGACAUUUUAAAAACAGUUCAUUGCAAAGAGGUGAAAAUUUUGUUCUGAAAUCUUAAGGACACAGAGAAAGUUUUUCCGUCCUAAGUGUGGAACUAGUUUUGUGACCAACAAUAUGAAAGGCUCUGAGGUUAGCCUGCAGAAGAAAAAAAGAGUUAAGAUGCCAGCAAAGAGACUUCCUGAGGUAGUUUCUCAAAAUCAUGGAGAUCAUUUGGUUUUGCUGAGAGAUACGUUGCCCUGUGUUCCUUCGGCAUUGUCUGCAAAUAAAGGUCUUCCUGCUGGAACGGGGACUAGAGUGAAUGGAACAUCACCUGGUUCAUCAGAUUUAACUUCUGCUGGAAAUUGUCACCAGUCUCUAUUAGAAAAUCCCAUGGUGUCAGAAGGUAAUUUUUCUAAAGAUGUUGCAGUGCAAGUGUUGCCUUUGGAUAAAAUAGAAGAGAACAACAAACAAAAAGAAAAUGACAUCCUCAUUUCUCAGUAUACAACGGGACAGAAAGAUGCUCUAAGAACAGUUUUAAAGCAAAAAGCUCAAAGCAUGCCUGUUUUUAAGGAAGUAAAGGUACAUCUGUUAGAGGAUGCAGGCAUAGAGAAGGAUGCUGUUACUCAGGAGACUAGAAUUUCACCCAGUGGAAUUGAUUCAGCUACAACUGUGGCCGCAGCAACUGCUGCUGCCAUUGCAACCGCAGCUCCAUUGAUAAAGGUGCAGAGUGAUUUGGAAGCAAAAGUCAAUUCUGUUACAGAAUUACUUAGUAAGUUACAGGAGACUGAUAAACACCUACAACGUGUUACAGAGCAGCAAACAAGCAUUCAGAGUAAACAAGAGAAACUACACUGUCAUGAUCAUGAAAAGCAAAUGAACGUGUUCAUGGAGCAGCACAUAAGAAAUCUUGAAAAAUUACAACAACAACAAAUGGAUAUUCAGACUCAUUUUAUUAGUGCUGCACUCAAGACUAGUAGUUUUCAGCCUGUUAGUGUGCCCUCCUCCAGAGCAGUGGAAAAGUAUUUUGUAAAACCAGAACACCCUAAUCUUGGUAGCUGUAAUCCAUCUUCAUAUAACACAUUUGCCUCCAGACAAGUACCUUUAAAAGAAAUUGAAGAUAAGAGUUUUGAUAAACAGAAAUCUCCUUUGGAGACACCAGCACCUCGCAGAUUUGCUCCUAUACCUGUUUCAAGGGAUGAUGAACUAUCAAAGAGGGAAAAUCUUUUGGAAGAAAAAGAAAAUAUGGAAGUGUCAUGUCACAGAGGAAAUGUAAGACUAUUGGAGCAAAUUUUGAAUACUAAUGAUUGUUUGACAAGAAAAAGUGAAUCAUCAAACACCACCUCACUAACUAGGUCAAAAAUAGGAUGGAAUCUUGAGAAAACAGACAGCAUUGAAACUCUACCUUCUGAAAGAUUUCCUUCCUAUGAAGAGCUAGGAACAGCUAAAGUGACUGUGCAGAAGUCUGAUGAUGUUCUUCAUGACCUUGUCCAAAAGAAGAAAGAAACAAAUGGCAUGGUUCAGCCAAAAGAAUCUCUGAGUAUGUUGAAGCUUGCAGAUCUUCCACAGAAUUCUGUUAAGCUUCAAACAACCAAUACAACAAGAUCUGUAUUGAAAGAUGCUGAGAAGAUUUUGAGAGGAAUACAAAACAAUAAAAAAGUACUUGAAGAAAACCUGGAAGCUAUUAUUCGUGCAAAAGAUGGAGCUGCCAUGUAUUCACUUAUCAAUGCUUUAUCUACCAACAGAGAGAUGUCAGAGAAAAUUAGGAUCAGAAGGACAGUGGAUGAGUGGAUUAAAACUAUUUCUGCAGAAAUUCAGGAUGAACUGUCAAGAACAGAUUAUGAACAAAAAAGAUUUGAUCAGAAGAAUCAGAGGACCAAGAAAGCUCACAAUAUGACUAAAGAUAUUAGAACCAACACACAAGAUAAAACUGUAAACAAAUCUGUAAUUCCAAGAAAACAUUCCCAAAAGCAAAUAGAAGAGCAUUUUAGAAAUCUACCUAUGAGGGGCAUGCCUGCUGCAAGUACACAGAAAGAGAGAAAAGAAGGACUUUUGAAAGCAUCCACGGUAAUUCAAGAUGAAGAUUAUAUGUUACAAGUCUAUGGAAAGCCAGUUUAUCAGGGCCAUCGAAGCACUCUUAAAAAAGGACCAUAUCUCAGAUUUAAUUCUCCAUCUCCUAAGUCCAAACCACAGAGACCAAAAGUAAUAGAACGAGUUAAAGGCACUAAAGUAAAGUCAAUAAGAACACAGACUGACUUCUAUGCAACAAAACCGAUAAAGAUGGAUUCUAAAACGAAACACUCCAUUCCUAUGUUACCUCAUGGCGAUCAGCAGUAUUUGUUCAGCCCAAGUAGAGAAAUGCCUACUUUUUCAGGUACACUGGAAGGUCAUCUGAUUCCUAUGGCAAUUCUUUUAGGACAAACCCAAAGUAAUAGUGAUUCUAUGCCACCUGCUGGAGUGAUUGUCAGCAAGCCACACCCUAUAACUGUGACUACUUCUAUUCCUCCAUCAUCUCGAAAAGUAGAAACUGGAGUAAAGAAAGCUAACAUAGCUGUUGUAGAAAUGAAGUCAGAAAAAAAGGACCCUCCUCGGCUUACUGUACAGGUAUUGCCCAGUGUAGAUAUCGACAGCAUUUCAAAUGGUAGUGCUGAUGUCAGUUCACCUCUGCCUAGUCCCAAGGAAGCAUCUCUUCCUCCUGUGCAAACUUGGAUAAAGACUCCAGAAAUUGUGAAGAUAGAUGAAGAAGAGGUGAAGUUUCCAGGAACUAACUUUGAUGAAAUAAUCGAUGUCAUACAGGAAGAGGAAAAAUGUGAUGAAAUUCCAGACUCUGAACCAAUUCUGGAGUUUAACAGAAGCAUUAAAGCUGAUUCUACAAAAUAUAAUGGUCCUCCGUUUCCGCCAGUUGCUUCUACUUUUCAGCCCACGGCUGACAUUCUGGAUAAAGUAAUUGAGAGAAAAGAGACAUUGGAAAAUAACUUAAUUCAAUGGGUAGAGCAAGAAAUAAUGUCAAGAAUUAUCUCUGGGCUCUUUCCAAUCCAGCAACAGAUUGCCCCUAGUAUCAGUGUGUCAGUCAGUGAGACAAGUGAACCACUGACUUCUGACAUUGUGGAAGGAACAAGUAGUGGUGCCCUCCAGCUUUUUGUUGAUGCUGGUGUUCCUGUGAACUCAGACAUGAUUAAGCAUUUUGUGAACGAAGCUCUUGCUGAGACCAUUGCUGUUAUGCUGGGUGACAGAGAACCAAAGAAGCAAGGUCCUGUUGCUGCAAGUGUUUCUGGGGAUGCUUCAACAAAUGAAAUGUAUUUGCCGGCAAGAACGUGUACCCCAUUGGCUACCCCACAGCCUACACCUCCUCGCUCACCUUCAUCAUCUCCUAAGGAGUGUGUUUUGGUAAAGACUCCAGAUUCUUCUCCCUGUGAUUCGGAUUAUGAUAUGGCAUUUCCUGUGAAAAAAGUAUUAGCUGAAAAAGGAGAUGAUAUGCCUGCCAUCAUGCUUGCUAAUACUCCAGCAGUUACCCCUACUACUACACCUCCACCAGCGGCAGUUUUUACCCCAACUUUGUCAGAGAUUUCUGUUGAUAAAUUGAAGGUAUCAAGCCCAGAGCUUCCCAAGCCAUGGGGUGAUGGAGACCUGCCACUGGAAGGAGAAAACCCCAACUCUCCUCAAGAAGAACUUCAUCCGAGAGCUAUUGUAAUGUCUGUGGCUAAGGAUGAAGAACCAGAGAGUAUGGAUUUCCCUGCUCAGCCUCCACCUCCAGAGCCAGUUCCCUUUAUGCCAUUUCCUGCCGCCACCAAGGCCCCUUCUCCCUCACAGAUGGCAGGUUCUGAUUCAUCAACGCUGGAGAGCACAUUGAGUGUUACUGUCACUGAAACUGAAACUUUAGAUAAACCCAUCUCUGAAGGAGAGAUUUUAUUUAGCUGUGGUCAAAAAUUGGCCCCCAAAAUUUUAGAAGAUGUAGGACUGUAUCUGACAAACCUUAAUGAUAGCUUAUCCAGCACUCUGCAUGAUUCCGUUGAAAUGGAGGAUGAUCCUCCUAGUGAAGGGCAAGUGAUUAGGAUGCCCAAUAAAAAAUUUCAUGCAGAUGCAAUUCUUUCUCUUCUUGCUAAACAAAACCAGGAGUCAGCAGUUUUACAGCAAGCAGCCUAUCAUUCAGAGGACUUGGAAAACAGUAUGGGUGAACUUAGUGAAGGACAGAGACCCCAGCUAACAGCAGCAGCAGAGAACAUCUUAAUGGGACACUCUGUCUAUAUUCAGCCACCUGUCACUAAUGCAGAGUCUUUGGAUCAACAGUGUGAUCCUAAACCAUUACCUCAGCAAUUUGGCACAGUUUCAGGUGGUAUUUAUGAAGAGUCAUAUGCUAGUCAUGGUCCAAUGAGUUUGGGAGAAUUGGAGUUGGAGCCAAAUUCUAACCUUGUUCCUCCCACAACACUUCUGACAGCACGAGAAAAUGAUGUUAAUUUACCAGUAGCCGCUGAAGAUUUUUCUCAGUAUCCACAAAAGCGAAAUCAAAAUGUUAAGCAAGUUGAACACAAACCAGAACAAAGUUACCUACGCAUUAGAAGUAAAUGUGAUAUUGCACCUUCACAGCAACAAGGUGAUAUGGAUCGGACACAAAUUGAGCCCAAUCUGUACCUCACAUCUGUAUUUACAGGUGGGAAAGCAGUGCCACUCUCCGCUUCACAGAUGCCCCCUGCCAAGAUGUCCGUGACGCUGCCCUCAGGGAACCUCAAGGAUUACUCUCAGUCUCCAAGCAUCAGCACGAUGCAGGGGGACAUGGAGUCUUCAGGGCCAGAUACCUUCUGAACAGGAAGAGAGAGCCAGCACACUGUUUAUGCCACCGGUUUUAAAGUCAUUUUACCUUGGCUUAAAACCAUCUCUCAGACUGUUUGGUUUUUGAGCAUAUUCUGAAAAAACAUUUCCAAUUUUUUAAAUAAAACGAAAAGCAUAAUUUGGGUAUUUAAAGUUUUUAAAUAAAAUAAGUCAACAUAAGUCUGAUUGUGAGUUGUUUCUUAGAAUUCUGAGAUAGCAUACAAUAGUGGAGAGGGCAUGGCUUCUGACAUCUAAGAAUCUAAUCUAUAGGUAUAAUUAUCUGUAGGUAUUUAUAAAAUUAUGUAGCUCAAGGUUACUCAUUCUAACAUUUUUGUAACAGCAAAUAAUUAGAAAAAAAUCAAAUGUCUAUCAAUAAUAGAUGGGUUUUAAAGUGAUGGUACAUCAGCACAAUGGGAUACUAUGUAAUAUAAAAAAUAUUUAAAGUUUACGUAUUGAUAUGGAAUAAUCUCUGAGAUGCACUGUUAAAGUGAAAAAAGCUAUGUGCAAAAUAGUGUGUGAACUAUGCAGUUGUUUAAAUUAUUUAAAAUGGGGUGGGGAGGAAUUCAAAUAUAUGGUAUGUACACAUAUUCUUUCAUGUAUUUGCUUGUAAAUAUAUUAAAUAAACAAGAAACUGCUAUGUUUGUCUCCAGGGAGGACAAUUGCUGGCUGGGUGAUAGGAGAGGCUAAGUGACAGGGAUCAAGGAUAAUCAUGGUUACUAUAUAUUUGAACUUCAGUUGUGAUAGGAAAUAUCAGUGAGAUUAAUUUUUAUAUACCUUAUGUAUACCAUAUAAACCUUAAUAAGCCUGUGAAACAGGUAACUGUAUUACCUUUUGCAACAUAAAUACAUAAAAUUAAAAGAAAAUAAAAAGCAUUGCUUUUUAAUCAGAUACAUGUAGGUUCUAAUGCCAGUUUCUGUAUGUAGACACUUGCUCUGUGGUAGGGGCCAAAGAAGCCCCUUUUUAUUAGCUGUUUCAGAUUAAUGGGCUUAAUGCUUAUUUUUGCAGAAUAAUGGGCAUUAGUGAUUGUGUGUGGAGAUGGGGGGGCAGUGCCCAGCGCAGUGCUCGAUACCAUGUAAGUGCUCAAUAAAUGGCGGUGUCCUUGUUAUCUUGAGGGAUUUCAGCACUGUAUAGUAGAGGGUUUAAGCACAUGAAAAGAAAGGCAGCCUAGCACUACUGAAAAAAAUUCACCUCCCGGAAAAAUCAUUUUCUGUCACAGCUGAAUUUCAAACACACGGUAAUAACCGUCAUCCUUGACUUUUUCAGCAUUUUUGUAGGUUACUAAGUGGGUCUCAGCACUGGCAGCAUAGUAGAACCUCUGGGAGCUUUAAAAAAAUACUAAUGCCUGGACCUUGUACCAGGGAUUUCAAUUUAAUUGAUCUUGGAUGGGGUCCAGGCAUUAGUAUUU